UCAGCGUGCCUCUGAUGACGUUUGUUUCUGACAAGAACUACUGCAGCUUCAGACGGACCGUCCCGAGUUAAAAGACUGAAAUGUCGCCGAAGGAAACGGUAGAGCUGCUCGGUCUCCUUAUAGUAUUUACCUUUACUCAUUCAUCUAACGCUCAGACAAACAUCCCAGCUGAUCUUGGACAGGAUGUCAUCCUACCAUGUACAGUUCCCAACAACAAGAUCACAGCUGUAGAGUGGAGAAGACCUGAUCAGGAUCCAGAAUAUGUUCUGUUCUACAGAGAUGGACACUUAGAUCCAGACAACCAGCAUCCAUCUUAUCAGAACCGGGUGGAUCUGCAGGACAAAGAGAUGAAGGAUGGAAACGUUUCUCUGAUUCUGAAGAAUGUGACGAUGGAGGACAAUGGAACAUUCGAGUGUUGGGUUCAUCAGGGACGAAAGAAAGAACUCAUCAGCACCAUCAACCUGGAAGUUGUUGAACCAGGAGACCAGGAUGGAGAUACUGGAGAUGGAGGAAACAAGGAUGGAGUCCUGGUUGUCUUCAGUCCUCCGCUGGUCACAGCUGUGAUGUUUAUGUUGGUGAUUGGUCAUGUUGGUUCUGUGAUCUACCAUGAACGUCGUCCUCAUCGUUGAGAAGCAGAGAAUCUACCGACUGAACGGUUUGAAGAUGAGGUGGAUUCAGUUUCUGAGACAUGAAGCAGCUUCAACACGUCCAGACUUUCUCUGUUAGCAGAAACUAAACCUCCAGUCAGAGACACCAGAAGCUGUUUAUCUGCUUUAUCUUUCUCUGUUACUCUGUGCAAUAUUACCAUGCUGUACAUUCUGCUGGUCAGUCUGCUGUUUUACUGCUGCUUUUAAUGUGCUUGCAGUUUUUAAAUGUUUUAAUUUAUUUUAAUUUAUUGCUAACAGUAGAUCGCCAUGCUGUGUCAUGGUAGAACUCGAGUGAACAGGUGUGAACUGAACGCCUGAUAUAAGGAGUAAAGAUUUGGCUGCUUUAAAAGAGAGAACUCUGUUUACAUUGAAACAGACAUUUAAUGAGUCAUAUGACUCUUCUGCAGUAAACAGACCAAUCACUUUCCUCCUGCUGCAGUCAUCAGUGGUUUUAAUGGAGAAUCCAGUGUGUGAUGCUGUAGCGGCUUCAUCCAGUGGUUUUAGAUCAGCAGGUUCACAGAUAAAACCUCAUCAUCAGGAAACCAUCUGCUUAAAAUUUAAAUCUAAGCUCUGAACAGAACCUGGACCACAUGUUAGCUCCAGAGCAUCAGUUACCAUGGAGAUCUAGCCACGUAGCAUCAGUUACUAACAUUAUAUAACUCUAUCCAUCUAUGUCUUAUAGAUGAUCUACUACAUCAGUACUCCAGGUAGUCCUACUACCAACCUUCCCAACACACUGUUUUUAUUAGAUUAAUUGUCAACAAUGUUAAUAAUAAAAACAAUCCUGUCUGAAAUAAC